AUGUGCCCUUGCAGUAGUUCAUUUCAAAGUGUGUACGUCAAACAAAUAAUGCUAAGACUGUUAUCUCCGAAAGGUUCAGGGGCAAGCUUUACCAGGAGCUAUGCUACUACUGCCAGUGCAAAGUUGUUAAAAAAGUAUCCACUUGGUUCUGAAAUCAGCGGUUACACAAUUAACCGUGUAGAAGAGAUUCCUGAAUUUAACUUAGUUGCUGUAGCACUAGAACAUCAACAGACUGGCUCAAAACAUUUACACGUUGAUAGACAGGAUAACAAUAAUGUCUUCAGUAUUAUUUUCAAAACUAAUACGCCUAACAAUACUGGUUUACCUCAUAUUUUAGAGCACACUACCUUAUGUGGUUCUGAAAAGUUCCCUGUCAGAGACCCAUUUUUUAAAAUGCUAAAUAGAAGUUUAUCCAACUUUAUGAAUGCGAUGACAGGGCAUGAUUAUACCUUUUAUCCCUUUGCGACAACUAAUGUUAAAGAUUUCAAUAAUUUAAUGGAUAUUUAUUUGGAUGCCACAUUACAUCCUUUGUUAACUUCAGAAGAUUUUUAUCAAGAGGGCUGGAGAUUAGAGAACGAAAUAACCAGAGAUAAAGAGUCACCUUUGACAUUCAAAGGUGUUGUUUACAACGAAAUGAAAGGUCAAGUCUCUGAUUCUUCUUAUUAUUUCUGGAUAAAAUUCCAGGAGUCAAUAUAUCCAUCGUUAAACAACGCAGGUGGUGAUCCAAGCCAAAUCACCCAACUUGUACAUAAUGAUCUAGUUGAGUUUCAUAAUAAAUGUUACCACCCUUCGAACUCGAGAACUUUCACCUAUGGUAAUAUCCCAUUAGCUCAACAUCUUGAGAAACUGAAUAAGGUAUUUAUCCCAUUUGGUAAGAGAUCAAACAGAAAUAUCCUUAAGCAACCGAUUGAUUUAAAUGAGAAUGUGAAAACUACCAUCAAGGGUCCUGUUGAUCCAAUGUUACCAUCUCACCAACAGUAUAAAACAUCCUUGACUUGGAAAACUGGUUCUCCUUCAGAUAUUUACGAAACAUUUCUUCUAAAAAUGCUUUCUUCACUUUUAAUGGACGGACACUCUUCGCCAUUAUACCAAACAUUAGUUGAAACUGGUCUAGGAACAGAUUUCAGCGUUAACUCUGGUUCUGAUUCAAUUACUGCUGCUAAUCUCUUUACUAUUGGACUCAAUGGAUUGACGAAGGAUAUAUCAGAUAAUUUAGAGGCACAUAUACUGGAGGUUUUAGAAGCUGUUAUGAAAGAAGGCUUUGCUGAUAUUAAAAUUCAAGCACUAAUCCACCAACUAGAGUUAAGUAGAAAAGUUGAAAAUGCAUCAUUUGGCUUGAAUGUGUUGAGUUCUCUUGUUCCUACCUGGGUUAGUAAUAUAGAUCCUAUCGACUCCUUAAAGUGGGACAAUAUUGUGAGUAGAUUUAAGGAAGACUACUCGAAAAGAGGUGAUAGUAUCUUUAGAGAACUAUUGAAUGACAAAAUUUUAUCAAAACCAUACUUCAAAUACACAAUGGUACCUGAUGAAAUUCUUCCAAGUAUGAUUGCGAAAGAAGAGGAAAAGAGAUUGAAGGACAAAGUGGAUGCUCUAAGUGAGGAAGAUAAAGAACUUAUCUAUAAGCGGGGGUUGAGGCUACUGGAAAAACAGGAAGAAAAGGAAGAUUUGUCUUGUUUGCCAACGGUUAGUGUUAAUGACAUUCCAAGAGAAUUUCCAUCUGUAAGGAUUGAUAAUAGAGUUCACGACGGCGUUCCAAUUCAGUCUAGAUCGUCACCUAAAACUAAUGGAUUAUCAUACUUUAGAGCCUUGAAGACAUUAGAAGCCUCUGAGUUGCCCCAAGAACUUAUCAAGUAUCUUCCUCUAUUUGCAAACUGUUUAACUAACAUGGGUACCAAAAAUAGGUCAAUGGCAGAUUUAGAGGAUGAGAUUAGAUUAUACACCGGUGGACUGUCAUGUAAUUUUUUCACUCAUGCUUCACCAUACAACACAAAUGAAGUUUAUUUAAAGUUUGGAUUAAGCAGCGUUUGCUUGAAUUCUGAUUUUGAUAAAAUGCUUUCAUUAUGGAUGCAAUUAUUACUAGAGACCAAUUUUAGGAAUGUUUCAAAGUUAAGCACUUUGAUUAAACUUUCAACCAGUGAUAAUAUGAGUGAUAUAGUAAGUAGUGGUCACAGCUAUGCCCGCUCACGUGCAACGUCCAAGAUAUCAAAAGUUGCCAAGAUCCAGGAAUCAUUAGGUGGCAUUGCCAAUAUAGAAUUCAUGAAUGAAUUGGCUAAACUUGAAACUGAAGGUAGAUUGGAGGAAGUGGUUAUCCCAAAGUUGGAAAAAAUUCAACAAAUUCUUUUGGAUGGUACUUCUCUACAAUAUAGCAUUACGACCUCUAAGGACUCUGUUGGAUACCAAGAAAGCCAGAUAGCUAAAUUCAACGAUGACGUCGGAUUCAAAUCUAAUUUCACUAAGAAUGCGUAUGAAAUGCCAAUUCCAGCAACUGGAAAUUUAAGAAAUGAAUUUAUUCAAAUUCCAUCACAUGUAGGAUUUGCAUCUACAGCGUUAAAUGCACCAUCAUACAGUUCGCAAGACUCAGCAUCUCUUCAGGUUUUGUCACAAUUGUUAACAUUCCGUUAUUUACAUGGAGAAAUUCGUGAAAAGGGUGGUGCGUAUGGUGGUGGUGCAAGCUUAGAUGCACUUAAUGGACUAUUUACAUACUAUUCUUAUAGGGACCCUCAACCAUUGGAAUCGUUGAAUAUUUAUGACAAAGCUGUCAAUGUUAAUGCUUAUAACAUCAAAGAAGGUGUAAUCAGCGAUGAGGAUCUGGAACAGGCAAAACUAACUAUUUUCCAAAAGUUGGAGGCUCCUAAAAGUGUAAGAGAUGACGGUAUGAGUUACUUCAAUUAUGACAUUGAUGAUGAAACUAAACAAGAAAGAAGGGGCGCAUUAUUAGAUUGCUCUUUGGAAGAUGUUUUGGAAGUAUGUGAAAAGUACUUUCCAGAGUCAGCUGUAAGAAGCAAGGUGGUUAUUGGACAUGAUGCCGAGGGUAUUCAAGGCAAUCCUAAUUGGACAACUGAAGUAUUAAAAUAA